AUGAUGAGUUUUUACUUGGAAUCCUUGGAUUACUUGAUUCCGCCACCGUCCAUGGCAGAUGGAUACUGGAACCAGCAGAGACAUCACCAGCCUCCGAUGUCGUCGAUCCCCCACGGUGGUCCUCCGAAACGUCACCGUUCUGACUUAGGGCAUGAUAUGCACAGUUACUUGUCACGGGACGAGGAUCGAUUUAUCCCUCAUUCAGUAACAGAUACCAGAACUAUUGGGUCAGCUUAUGACCUCUACCUACAGAGUGUGCAAACGCCUGAAGAAGUUGGUCCAUUUAAUGGUGUUGGCAUGGGAAGUGCAGGAGGUAAAAACAUGAUGCCUAGUCCUUCCAUGGGUGAGCACAUGACUGGGCGUGGUGGAGUUAUGCCUCCGGAUUUUGGGCAGCAUGGUCGGGCUAUGGGUUUCGGUCAACAAGAUUUAGUCGGUAGGCCUGCCCGGGAACUGCAAAGUCUACCUCCUGAUGCAUCCAACACUCUUUAUGUUGAAGGGCUUCCUUCUAAUUGCUCAAGGAGGGAAGUAGCUCAUAUAUUUCGGCCCUUUUUCGGAUAUAAAGAAGUGAGACUUGUGACCAAAGAUUCAAAGCAAAGGAAUGGAGAUCCUAUCGUUCUUUGUUUUGUUGAUUUUGAAAAUCCUGCGUUUGCAGCAACUGCUCGUAUCGCCCUGCAAGGCUAUCGAAUGGAUCAAGAUGAACCUGAUUCCAAGAUUUUGCAGAUUCAAUUUUCCAGAAACCCAGGUCCAAGACCAGGACAACGCGGAGGAAGGAGGUGAUGAGUCGGUGACAUUCGGGGCGCAUCAACCAAAUCGUAACUUAUAGUUUCUCUAUAACCCAAACACACUUGAUCACAUGUUCAAAUCCUGUAGGAGUCCUCUCACUCAAAGCAAUAGAGAUGUACGGACACAAGAGUCUAUAAAAUGAGCUGAUGUGAUUGGAAUCUAAAGUCUCUCUCACUCUCACUCACUCUUCCGUUUUUCCAUCUUCUUGAUAGAUUUAGUGCAUGAUCUUAUGAAUACUUGUUUGUCAAAGUCCAAAAGUUUGUAACAAUCUUUUCCUUUGUAUGUGGGAAUUAUACGGAAUGGGAUUUCGAUUUUGUCCUCAGGGAUUAGUAGUUGUAUUUGUUCAUUGUAGAUUUGGGACAGAAUCCAAAACACUGGAUCAUUUUUACCAUCUUUUUUUUAUAUAACUAUACAAAAAUUAUUUUGAGAUUUUUGUUGUUGUUACUUGUUGUGACUCUGC